AAAACACUCGCAGUUUCUCAGCUGCGCCGACUGGUUGUCCUCGCGCCUCUGAUCAGAUCGGUUGCGGACUGUAAACGGUUAUCGAGUUUCGAAUGUGCGUCUGUUUCUAUUCUACACGGAAGAAAAACACCAUCAGCAGAGCUGUCGCGGUCGGGAUUUUGCGUAAGAGCCUGCCUGAGUUUUCGGUUUGCGAGAAUAGAGCCUAAAACGGGCUACAGCUGCCGACCUGAGCUACUAAUCGACGGCUGGAGCAGUCGAGAAAAAGGGGAGCGGAAGAAGCGGCCAAAAACAGAAGGUCGAUCGGGAUCGGUAAUCUCUUGUCCAUAAACAACACAACGCUGCAGUAAAGACGAAACCGCAUCCGCCUCUCUAUUGCCGUAUCAGUAGUAAGCAUCGGCGACAGUCGCAGGAAGAACCCGACAAAAGCCGACCUUUACCACUCAAUUAGGAUCUGGUGUGCCAUUCUCGCGCUGUCUCGUAAAUUAAUGUCAUAAAUUUACUUUAAACCCUGCCCGCUGACCGCUCGUUGUCACCGUCCCGUGAUCGGCUCUCCGUCUGUGCGGUCGGGGCCCAGAAACGGACCCUAAUCGAUCUAAUCAUUCUACCUGGUCUAGAAUCAAGUGUUUCAGUGAAUGCCUCGUGCUUACUUGUGUGUGACUCCUAAGUUCCUUAAAAUACCUUGAUGCUGCAUCAAAAGAGAAAUAUAUAAGCGCCAGUAAAGUAGUUAGUUAUGCAUUGAGAUUAGGCAUCCAACGGUGCCAAUCUGUGAGACAACGACAAGUGACAUAUCUACAUAUUCUCACCAGGCCAAAUAGGCUCCAACGACGAACCAAACACGAUCAGUGUCUAUUGUCCUUUAACGAGGCAAGCCCACGCCCACAGGAUUACCUAGAACCAACGUAGCACCACAGCCUUUCAAGAAGGCGCAACACUCGCAGAACAAAGCACACAGCCAAAACAACGACAAACAUCCCACAACCGACGGACAUCAUCCUUGGAAAUAGACCUCGUGUCAUUCCAAAAGACGCACAUGGGCGUCUGCACCGAGGAGCGCCCUGUGAUGCAUUGGCAGCAGAGCGCAAGAUUUCUUGGGCCCGGUGCAAGGGAGAAAAGUUCAACACCACCUGUAGCACAUCAAGGAAGCAUACAAUGUGGCAGUGCUACAGGUGCAAUUAACAAUCACUCAUUGUUUCGCACAUGCUCCUCAUCCUCGUGUCAAGAUAUUUGUGAUCACAGUACAAAGCCAUUUGGCAAUGCAUACGGCAUCGAGUCAUUUAGAAGCUUUGAAACAGCCGAUCGCGCAACCUUUGAGGACUCCACGGCAAAAUUUUCAAUCAGCCGCAGCCGCACAGAUUGCACAGAGGUCAGCGACGAGACAACGUCCGGCAUAUCAUUCAAAACUGAACCUUACGGACCACCCAGCAGUCCUGAGUCUACCAACGAUAGCAAAAUAACGCGCAACCUCGACGACUGCUCCGGCUGCGGGCGGCAAAUACAGGAUCGCUUCUACCUCUCCGCUGUGGAAAAACGAUGGCAUGCCAGUUGUUUACAGUGUUACGCUUGUCGGCAGCCGCUGGAACGGGAAUCCUCAUGCUACUCACGUGACGGCAACAUUUAUUGCAAAAACGAUUAUUAUAGUUUUUUUGGUACUCGCCGCUGUUCCCGCUGUCUGGCAUCUAUCAGCUCCAACGAACUCGUAAUGCGCGCCCGGAACCUGGUCUUUCACGUCAAUUGCUUUUGCUGCACCGUUUGCCAUUCGCCAUUGACAAAGGGCGACCAAUACGGCAUCAUCGACGCGCUCAUAUACUGCAGGACCCAUUACAGUAUAGCGAGGGAGGGCGACGCCGCCUCAUCCAGCAUGAGCGCCAGCUACCCGUACAGCGCACAAUUCGGCUCGCCGCACAACGAAUCCUCGAGCCCGCACUCGGAUCCUAGUCGGAGCAUUGUUCCUACGGGCAUCUUCGUGCCCGCGUCCCAUGUCAUCACCGGACUCCCGCAGCCGGCUCGCCAAAAGGGCAGGCCUCGCAAACGCAAGCCCAAGGAUAUCGAGGCGUUCACCGCAAACAUAGAUCUCAACACUGAGUACGUCGACUUCGGACGGGGCUCCCACUUGAGCUCCUCGUCGCGCACCAAGCGAAUGCGCACAUCGUUUAAGCAUCACCAGCUGCGGACCAUGAAGUCCUACUUUGCCAUUAAUCACAACCCCGACGCCAAGGAUCUGAAGCAGUUGUCACAGAAAACAGGUUUACCAAAGAGAGUACUACAGGUAUGGUUUCAAAAUGCACGGGCCAAGUGGCGACGAAUGAUGAUGAAGCAGGAUGGAAGCGGUUUGCUGGAGAAGGGUGACGGCGCUCUGGAUCUCGACAGCAUCUCAGUACAUAGUCCUACGUCGUUUAUAUUAGGCGGCCCAAAUAAUACACCGCCACUCAACCUGGACUAACGGCUGCUUAGGAAGAGCGGAAACGGGAUGGUAGUGUGAAACGAACAUGGCGCUGCACUCAACUUCCACAUUAUACGUCCGAUCCGGGUGGAGUUCCGAAACUGAGAACUCUUGAAUAGUCGCAUUGGAUAGGAAUAAAAUCGGGAAUCAGCGUUCCACUCAAUACCGAAUUGAUUUGAUGAAUGCAUACGUAUUAUGCCUAGAGAAUGUUGUUUGAUAAGCUGCCUAGCUGUUGAAAUUCGCGUAAAUUAUGUAUUUUUGUAGUUGCUUCUAGGCCAUUGCCAGUACCUCACAGUUGGUUCUUGCCUCCCAUGGUGUUUCUAUAGAUCUAUCGUUCACUUGUAAAUAUGUACUUGAUUCGUAUGGGUUAUAGACUUACGUAGACACACAAUUAUUGUUAAUAUAUUCUUAUUAUUUUAAGCAAUCACAUCACUAUUUAUUUACAUAAAGUGCAUAUAUCUACUUAAAAUUAUAUGCAUGUACGUAUUUAUAUGUAUCUAAUAUUUAUUGCCCAAAAUUAAUAGUUAGAGAUGAAUUUAGUUUAGCGAGAGCAGCCGUAACAAAAUAGCGGAUAUGUACAUGUAUUAUUACGAAAAAAUAAUAGCUUCGCCUACGCCAACAGACAGGGAUUUAAGAGCUAUCAAAACGAAACUGUCAUUAAGUUAUGAAAACGACGUGUUACCGUGAACACGACGUGAACACAGAGAGAUUUAUACUUACAUAUAGUUUAACCAUAAGUCUUACCAUAGAAGCCAAAUAAAAAUCAUUUAAACCAUCAA